AGCUCUUUUCAGCCGGAAUCCAGGAAGAACUUGGGGCUGUGACUCGACUUCCAAUGGACUCACCAGCGAAGCGUAACACACCCUCGACCCAGGAGUUUUCUCAGACGCCGGGUGAAGGAUAUGCAGCUGACCCUCAAGCUGUCUCAGGACUAGCACAGAACCUUAGUAACUUGACUCUCACCCCUAGUACCGAAUCCCCUUCCCUUCCACCAAAACCUUCACCCCAACAGCAGGACAUAGGAAACAACUUGAAGGCGUCUGAACUGGGGCUGAAUCAAGGCAUGCUUUACACGAGGAGACGUGGAGCGAGGACGGUGGCAAGUGUUCAGAGAGAAAUGAAGGAGAUGAGAGAGAGGAUUCGAUUGAUGAUGAUAAGAAGGGCGGAUGCUAUUAAAUAUCGCACCUUGUAUCUGGGAACCCCUGAGCAUGAUUGUCUAGAAGUCCUAAUGGAGGUUUACUCCAGCCAGUCAGAUCUAACAGAUGGGCCUUUACAGAAUCCGGACAGAGUAUUGUUCACGGAUGGCAGUAGCUUCCUAGAUGCAGGAAAAAGACAAGCCGGUAAGGCUAAGCAUGCCAACAUCUACACUGACUCGCGCUAUGCCUUUAUGGAGGUUUACUCCAGCCAGUCAGAUCUAACAGAUGGGCCUUUACAGAAUCCGGACAGAGUAUUGUUCACGGAUGGCAGUAGCUUCCUAGAUGAAGGAAAAAGACAAGCCGGGAGCAGGAAGCACCUAUCAGAUGGAGACUUAUCUCCUGCUCUUAGGGAGACAGAUCUUGCUAUACAGAAGCAACCAGUUAUGCCCUGUGAUACAAAUCCAGAGCAAUCCAAUAGGAACCAUAGUAAAGACGAAAGAAGGAAAAAUACCAAAUGGAGAGAAGGAGAAGGAGAAAUGGAAGAAGAAAUGGAAAAGGAUGGUAAAAAGAAGCUGGAAGAGGAACAGGAGGAAGAGAAAAAAGAAGAAAAAAUGGAAUGUGAGGAAGAAUAUCCGGAGAAAAGACUAGUCAGCAAGCCCCUCAUGGACACUCUCUGGGCAACGUUUAAGUUAAACAAAUGCCCCACAAAAGGACAUAGUCUAUCGCUUGCAUUUGAAUUUAACAUGACAGAAAAACAGGUAAAUCAAUGGUUUUUUAAAAAGAGAAAGAAAUUCAAACAAGAAAUGUAUAAGCAAAAAUACAAGAGAAAGCUCAAGAGGUCUGGCCUCUUAUUUCUGCCGCUCUAUGUGCCCAUUGCUUUGGGUCAGGGUUUUCUGCUCAAAGGCAUGGAUAUGGGGAAGCUCUUCUGCCAGGCACAGAUUUCACCAGCCGGUGUCGCUGAAGCAGCGGUUUCUCCUCGAACUAGCGACACCGCCAGGACUCGGUAG